AAAAAAAAAAAGUUCUAAGUGAACAAGCAAAAUAAGUUCCGUAGUGGUAGGUUAGCGUCAAGUUGUUAAAUAAUUUCUCAACGAUCUACAAUACUUAAUUGGGUUGAAGAGGAUUACACUCAAUUAGGGUUUAUUUUUAUUCCAUAACCAUCAGUUGCUCUUUCGGAAUUACGGAGAUGAAGAAGACUAUGUAUUCGAAAAACGACGGCGGGGAAACUAAAUACGCCGUCCAAUCGAAUAAGAAGAAGAAUAUACAGAGAUUGGGCGGUAGCACGGGUCUCUCUCUUGAAGCCUUUGCCAACGCUAAGUCCAGAAAUAAUGCUUACAAUCCUGCUUUGUUAAAAAAGAAGAGGGAAUUUUACAAGAAUGCUAAACAUGUAAGCAAGUACAAGAAAAUACUGAAGCAACAAAAUCAACAUAAUGAUGAAUCCUCUUCUGUCCGACCUAUUCAGGUAAAUGAAUUUGAGAGUGUUGGUGAGAUGCGUAAAGAAGACAAGAAAAAUAGAAAGGGGUCAUACAGUUUACAGAAGUUGUAUGAAAAGAAACAUGAAGAACAGGAGAAAGCAAGGAUUGAGAGAGAAUGCAUUAUCAAAGCAAAGAAGGAAGAAAGGGAAAGGGCUAUGUCUCAUCGAAAAGAUUUACGAGAAAAGAUGUUUAAGAAGACACGUAAAGGUCAGCCUGUCAUGAAGUACAGAAUUGAGCACAUUCUGGAGACCCUACAGAAUUCUACAUCAUAGUUUCCUGCUUCUCGAAUGCACGCUAUUAGCUUUUCUGCUCAUUCGAUAGAUUUAGGUAUCCAGACAUGAUAAGAGUAACAUGCCAUUUUGUUUUAUAAUUCUAAUUUGCAAAGAGUGUUUUCAUUAGGUAAUAUGUUUCUUUUAGUUAUGUAUAUCUGGACGAGUUGUAAUGAAUUGCAAAUUACAGUUUUGGAUUAAAAUGUGCUUCCUGUAUUAUAUGAAAGUUUAUGCCUGAGCUUAAACAAUUCUCAGUUUUGU